UCUAUUGUUUGUUUUGAAGAUUUAUAACAGCAGGUAAUCACAGGUUUAAAGUUAAUUAUAAUGGAAUUUACUUGGAGAAAGGCUUUGUUCAUCUGCUGCAUGGCAGGUGGAAUAUUGUGGUUUUCAAAUCCGAUCUCUGAUUAUUUUUUCGAUUAUUUGGCCGACCCCAAUGAAAUGGAAAUAAUAAUUGCAAAAUCAUGGAACAAAACUAUUGAUUCCCCAAAACCAGAGAACAUGAAAUUUCAUGCAAUUGCUAUCGGAAUUAAUGCUGGAAUUGACAUCAUUGUGAAAGGAACCGAUCUCCUGAAAAAGCUUGGUACAGAUGAGAAGGAAGAAUCUACAAUCAAGGCUACUGAUCGGGAAUCCAUAAACAACCUCCGACAACUGCAAGAAGUGUUCACCUAUUUUCAUUCAAAAGGAGCUGGAGGGGAACGCUUCAUGAACAACAAAGAACUUUUUGCAAAGGCAGUUGGAAUGUCAAAAGCAAUGCCUGGUGCAGAGUUAUACGUUGGUGGCAAUGCUGCUUUGAUGGCACAAGCAAUUGUUCAAGCAUCAGCCAAAAAUGUCCAUGUUCUAUUUGGUGGGAUGGUAGGCCCUGGACUUUCUCCAAUGUUGAAUAGAAGACUUAUAGUUCCCUCGAAGUUAAAAGCAGAAGAAGAUGAGUAUCAUAUUAUAUUAGAAUACGUAAAGGGUGAAAAAUGGGCAGGUCAUGUUUGCCCAAUUGCUUCACGCUUCAUAUUUUCACACGAUUUAACGAAUAGUAGAAUGCUAGCAAGUGAAAAAUUCAUCGACAGUUUGAAAGAAUUUAACCCAGAUAUGGUUGUUCUCACCGGGCUACAUUUACUAGAAGGGCAACCAGAAGCUUACUGGAAACGUCGACUAGCUGAAAUUGCAGCGUCUCUCGCAAAAGUAUCCACAAACGUUCCAAUUCAUACGGAACUUGCAAGCAUGGCAAAUCCAGCUUUUGUCAAAGCUUUAACUGAGAGAAUAUUGCCCAUGGUUGAUUCUAUCGGUCUCAAUGAGCAAGAGCUGUGGAUGACUUGCCAGGCCAAUGGUGGCCCACAUUGCAAGCCGGAAUAUGAACUUGACGGCCCACCUAGCCCAGGAGUAUCGAAUGAUAUCAUUCACUGGAUGUUGCAACAGUUUUCAAAGCGGCGAAUUCCGUCCUCAAGAUUAUCAAGAGUCCAUUUUCAUACCCUGGUUUAUCACACUGUGGCAACACUCGACUCAUCAAAAUGGAGAUAUGGUGAUUCAUCUGUUGCCGCGGGCGCCAGGAUAGCCUCAACACAGUCAUGUGGAGUUCAUUCAGUUCAUCCUGCAAAGGUAGAACUUCGUUUAAAAAGUACUAUCCCUCUCACUGCUGGAGGGCUUCCAGAAAACGUUGAACAACCCAAAGAUACUAGACUGGACUAUUCAAAUCCAAUAAUUAGUUGGAAAACAAGUAAAAUCAGUUUUUUCAUGACGCCUGUGCUUGUUUGUCAAAACCCUGUGAAAACUGUCGGUCUAGGAGAUGCAAUAUCUUCUAUGGGACUUCUGCAUUCAGGAUAUGACAAAUAGAACAUUUGGACCGUUUAUAUAAAAUUAUUUUAGGGUGCUAUUUUAGUGUGCGGGCUACUAUGCCAUAGUGUGGCAUCUACCUCGAACUAGUCCUAUAGUGAGGGGUCCACAUAAUCAUAUCUUUGAAAUUUUCAUGACUUUCCACCCAAAAUAAUUAAGGUGAGACCUUUACUCUAACAUGGUAGACCUCAUGCUAUAGUGGCACCGACUUUAGGUACAAAUAGUUGUUUUUGUUGCUAUGACUUCAAAUAGGCAAAUUUUGAUUUAUUUAUUCAAUGAAAUUUUAACUCCUAAUGAAAUUAUGUAGUAUAGGCGAGGAGCAGUAGUUGCGAAAGAUUAUUCUCAUCUAUGCUUUGGGCUUUAGAGCAUUGAAUGUAACAUAAAAAACAUCAUGUGUCUGAAAAGUGUUGUAUCCCGCAUAUAUAAAUUCCACUUUAUAUGGACACUCCAACGUGUCAAAGUUUUAUAUCAGUUACGUUAUCCGGAAGUUAUGUCUUUCCUACAUUCUUUAACAAAAAUAAAUGGAAUAGACUUGUUUUCAGCAAAUUCAUGACAUUAGACUUUUAUUUAAUAUUUUUUGAAAUAUUUUAUGAAACCACUGCUAAAACUGAAAGUUUUAUAAAAUAAUACAUUCAUUUCCAGUAAUUUGUUCCUUUAAAAAAUCAAAGUUCAAAUUCUCAAUAACAUUCCUUUUUCACAAUUCUUUUUCAAUAUGUUCCUUUUUUCCAGUUUGCCUAUUUUUGAACCAUUUAUUUUUCCCUCAAACCAUAUGAAAUACACAUAAUAAAAUGUUAAAUUUAUUCACAAUUUAUAAUUAAUGUAAUAUUAUUAUUUUCUUCGAUCUGAAAGUUGAUGCCAAUACAAUAAAUGGAUAGUAAGAGUAGUACGGUAACUACUGACAUACUAGUAUUCACAUGAUUCAUAUUAUUCUUAUUACACCGGUAUCAUUAGAAAUUUUGGAUGCUGUAAUCUCUGAUUGACAAGAAAUUGAAAAGAAAUUCCAACCUGAAAUCACUGAAGCAUGACUGGUCAGAAUUCUUUUGUCCUGGCCAGAUAUUUUUCAUUGAUUUUUUGGUUCCGACCAUCAAGCCUCAUUCCAGUUUGUUAUGCUGAUUUUGCAACCCUGCGACAGAUUUAAUCCAAGUCCAACAUACUUAUACUUUUAUCAUAACAUUACUCAAAAUAUUUUCACUUUCAAUAUAUUUAGCUGUUAUAUUUGUGAGGGUAUAUUUCACAGAAGUGUAUCUUAGGCCAGCAGUAUCUUGUACACGUAUCCUGUCUCUUUAUAAUAUUGAUUUAUUGUGCAGAUGAUGUUACACUUUGGUGCAAAUAAGCACGCAUACAUACAUACUGUUUAUGAUAUAGCAGUAAAAAUUUUGCACUUAUUUUUGGGUACUGUAUUGCAAGUCAAGGAACAGUUAAUAUACGAAAAACAUUUUUAUCAGUUUUGAGACCAAUCUGAUGCUGAUAUACCAAUCCCUCUCCAGCUUUCUUUUACAUUUCUGCCUUCAAUUUGCAAAUCCAACGGUGACCGUACAUUUGAACCCAUGUACAUUUGAACCCAUGCGUAUAUCCACGGGUUCAAUCUAUAUGCGGGUGCUAAAACCCAUGGGUUAGGGUUAGUAUGGGUUUAACUAUCCGUGGAACAAAAAAAAUUCCAUAGGUGCAAUAGCAUACAGGUGCAAUUGUCAUGUGUUCAAAUGUACGUGGGUUCAAAUGUAAUGGAACCAAAUCCAACAUACAGGGAGUCCUUUGGUUACGAUGGUCACAACUUACGUUGUUCCGAUGUUACGAACGCGCACUCCAUAACGUUUUUUCGAGGUUGCGAACGCACUCCAUAAAAAUAUAAAAGAUAUAACUGUGCUGUAAUAUCUAAGCCCUUAAACUGGAUCAUUGUGAUAAAUAAAAUCAGUGCUUUGGGCUCAUUGGUUUUACCACUCCUAUUACUAAUUUUGAAGACUCUCACAAUGUGUCUGCGGAAAUAACAUUUUUCUGAUAUAAAAUUGUGCUUUUUUGUCCGAAGCCUUGUACAUUAAAAUCAUUGAAACUCGUUAAAUAAAAAUUGUCAGCAAAAGUUUUCUGGCUGAAAUUUCAUGAGAAAAUAUCAGUAAUGUCACUGUUAUUUUACUGUAAAAUGAACCAUUUCUUAUUUCGAUUGUCCUGGCUCUUUCUUUUUUCGAUUGUCUUAGCCCUUGAUAGCAAAUAAAGAAUUAGGCUAUUCUUCAAAUGUUUCCAGAUUCCCUAUUUUUCCACCAGACCAGUUUAUUUAUACACAACUCCUGCUUCUGACUCUUUUUUUUUUGGUGAAUUUUUGUAAAAGUAAUGAUUCACCUUUUUUAGGAAUUCAUUUUGCCCUGAAGCACAAGAAGUCACUUCGUCUGAAUCAAAACUCACUCAAAGAAAAUACCAACUUUUUUCAAGAUAUUUAUUAUUGGCUUCUAAUCGAAACCAUUUUUAUUAUCAUUUACAAUGAUAAAUAUUCAAAACUAUAAUUUAGUCAUUUAUCAAAUAACUAACAUAUACUGCUUGAGUAGAUUAUAUUUUGCUCAGCUACAUAUUUUUAUAUUAUAGCUUACGCGGUAAUCAAUUACACACUGUCUGCUUUUUUUGAAGGCUAUUAGUGUAUACAAUAUGGUUUGCAACGAAACCCUCAUAUUUCUCAUUUGAAAUCAGUCGUUUUUCAUUUGUUUCACAGUUCUCAUGCUUUUGGAUGGGUACUCCCGUAGCGUGUGUACCAGGUUGGAGUUAGGUCAUGA